AUGUCGCUGUACAUCCCUUAUGUAGGGUGGCCCUCCUAUGUCGGCAAUCAAGGCCGUCUCGGUGGAAUCUACUUUGUUGACGAUGACGAGGGGCGUGGCAAAUAUCUCCCGCAAUCCAAGCUGUCCGCCCACAGCACCAUCUACAGCCGUAUUUCCUGCACGACCCUCAGACAGAGCUUCGUCAACUACAAGAAUACCAAGCUUGAUCGGGUCCUCUACACCUUUCCUCUCAACGACGGCAUCAAGAUCGUUCACUUUCAAUGCACCAUUGGGACCAAGACCAUUGUUGGCAAUGUCAAAGCAAGAGGUGAAGCCAACGCUGAAUACCAGGAGACUAUGGCCCGGGGCAGAUAUGCAGUCGUCCUUGAGCGGAUGAUCAAUGACCCUGAUGUCUUUACCACCUCUCUUGGCAGUGUUGAGGCUCUUCAAGAGAUUCAUGUUGUCCUGAGAUAUGUCAACGACCUCGAGCACCACGCUGAGACUGGUGAAGCCCAGUUUACUCUCCCAAGCUUUGUGGCUCCUCGUUAUGGAUAUUUGUGCACCGAGUCUGCCAUGGCCUUUCCCAACAUCACCCGCAAUGGUUUGAUUGACGUCUGCAUCGAUGUCACUCAUGACGAAGGGUCGGUCAUCACUGGAAUUCAAUCUCCAAGCCAUCCAAUUCAAGUCACCCUUGGACGCACUUCUCGAAUGGACCAAGACUCAUUCAAGAGUCAUACCGCCUCGGCCACGUUGGUUUUGGGUACCCCUACACUCGACCAUGAUUUGGUCUUUCUCAUUCAGGCCCAGGACACUGCAAUUCCUCGUGCUAUGGUCGAAACUCACCCAACCAUCCCCAAUCAACGUGCAGUCAUGGUCACGCUGGAGCCCAAACAGCAGCUCCCCAGAAUCUCACCCGAGAUUGUCUUCAUAGUUGAUAGAAGCGGAAGCAUGCAGAACAAGAUGGCAUUGUUGAGAUCCGCCAUGCACGUCUUUGUCAAGUCACUUCCCGUCGGAGUCAAAUUCAAUAUUUGCUCCUUUGGCACGUACUUCUCAUUCUUCUUCCAGAAGAGUGUCACCUACGACCAAUUCAGUCUGGAUGGCGCUAGGAACCAUCUGGAUUCCCUCGAUGCCAGAUAUGGCGGGUCUGAUUUGAUCUAUCCAGUCCAAGCAACCAUUGGCCGACGUCUUGACCCCGAACUUCCUCUGGAAAUCUUGAUCCUCACCGACGGUGACCUCUGGAGUCACCAACGCCUUUUCAACAUCAUCAAGGAGACACCCAACGCCCGUUUCUUUUCUUUGGGCAUCGGUCCCACUGUUUCGACCUCCCUCAUCGACGGCAUCGCCAAUGCCGGUGGGGGCUUUAGUCAGUUCGUUUCUUCACACGACAAGAUGGACAAAGCCAUCCUCCGCAUGUUGAAAGGGGCCUUGACGCCUCAUGUCACUGGCUAUGGCUUUGAGUUCAAAUAUGCCGACGACGACGCCGGUUUUGAGGAAGACUCUAGGGCGAUUGAGCUGCAGAACAACACUCUCACCCGGGGAUUGAUGCCGGAGAACUCCAUUCCUCUGAUUGAUCUCAAUUCCACUGAAGCUCCACCAAACCCCCCCGAGGGGCGUUACGACAACUUGCCAUCGGUCCCCUUGCCCGAUUACAUCCAAGCCCCCCACGGCAUGCCAGCGUUGUACCCCAACAAUCCCACCACUGUCUAUCUAUUGCUCUCUCCCGGAGCAUCUAAGAAGACCCCAAAGUCUGUUGUGUUUCGCGGCACCACUAUCAAUGGUCCUCUUAUUAUGGAAUUCCCUGUCCAAGACAUUGGCGUGGGUACAACAAUCCACAAACUGGCCGCCAUGAAGGCCGUUGGCGAGCUGGAAGACGAGUUUGGAUGGCUCACCGACGCAAAGACACCAGAUGGCCAGCUGAUGAAGUCGGUCUACAAGAACGUGUUCUCUCUCAUGGUCGAACGUGAGGCCGUUCGCUUGGGAGUCCUGUACCAAGUCGGCGGCCAGUGGUCCUCCUUCGUGGCAGUCGAAACUAUGGACGAACCACGUCCAAACACUGAAGAGGCCACGACCUCUGCAGCGUCGGCUAGCACCACCGCCCUCCCUGCGAUCGUGGUGACCUCACCCGGCAGCAAUGUGCAAUUGUACCCGGCCAGAGAACCUACCCCGCCCUCGCCACCACUCAGCUUCAAUCCAGCGGCUGUACCUCUCCGAAGAAGCGAUACGGUCAGUUCCUUCAUUCCUGCCUACAAUCCUCGUCGUCUGAGCAUGUUCGGAUUGAGCACGCCCGACUACACCAGUGACAACAAUGGAAGCGUGUUUGGAGCUAUCGGUACCCCGGUCCCUGAAAAUGCCCGCCGUGCCAGCCUGUUUGGAAGCGUCGUUCCACCAGCUCGAGAUGCAGUCCAGCCCCGCGGUCCUCACGCCGGGUGGCUUUCCUAUGACGAUACCGGGAAAAUGUACCAAGUCCUCAUCUUGGUUGAGUACAAUGGUGCGUGGCAUCAUUCUGGAGACCUUGUCGCCCUCCUGGGGUUGACUGAGAGUCGCUAUCGAGCUCUCCGGUUGUAUGGUAUGGACCAAGAUGGUAUUCGCGCUACGGCGUUGUCGGUUGCCUGGUUGAAGCUCAAAGUGCCAGAAGAGGAGGAGGUCUGGGACUUGAUUGUCGAGAAAGCCAUGAUGUGGUUGACAACGAUGAUGCGGACCAAAGAAGGGGCCCUGAAGGCUGUCGCGGUGGCCAAAUCCGCACUCUGA